AUGGUGAUUGUAAAUGAAAAUGACGGCGAGAAUGUGGAGCUGAAACAAGUUGAAAAUUACGAAGAAUUUUUGUCAAUUGACAACGAACUUCAACUCUAUGAUGGAAAUGAAGAAUGCGAUGCUGCCCUUGUUGCUCGAAUAGCUGCGAAACACACGACAGCAACAGAAGACCAUGGAAGUGGUGAAGAGAACCCUAACGUGUUGAUGCCAGUCACAAAACAGGAUGCAAGGAAAUGCAUUGAAACAUUGCACCGCUAUUGCAUGCAGGAAGGAAAUGAAGGUAGUCCUAUUACUGCGUUACAUGUUUGCGGUGAUUUUGUGCGAAUGCAGUCUGUUAAAAGAAUGCGUCAACCCACACUGGAUACGGUCUUCAAACGCGGAAUGGAAUUCGGUAAUCCCUUUGUAUAA